UGCAUAGGAGGCUCGAAGCAUUGGGCUGUACUUCGUAGAACUUCAUCCUCUACAUUUCGUCUUUCCAAAUUCCAAAGUAGGUUAAGCAGAGGGCCUUUUACCGCUCGUCUUGAAUCGUAUCUUUCAAAUCGUCUGGUCUCGGACUAGCGUGGCCCGAGUAAUUGGCCAACAGCACUGUCCUCGAGCUCUGAGAGCGGAGAGCUCCUCGCGGCCCGUGGGGAUGAAUGUGGCAACCUAUCGCUGCUACGGCCAAAUCACCGAUCAGCUAGCCUGACAAGCUGGUGUCUGUCUCCUGGCCCAUCGAGUUCACACGUUUACCAUCCGCCAACAUCAAAACUUAACCUAAACGUCGCGAUGGCCAGAUCCGUCAUGUGGUCACCGUCGAGACUGAGGGUGCUCGCCCUGGGGGCACUGUCGUUAUCGCCACGUCUGGUAACGGCACAGCGCAACUACACCCAAGUCGACAUGCUGCGAGCUCAGCUGGCGCUUCUCAACGACAGACCCUCUGAUUGCCCGCCUUGUUUCAAUUGUCUCCUCCCAGCCUUCACCUGCGGCCAAUAUGGCGAAUGCAACGAGUACAACGGAAAGUGCGAAUGCCCGCCGGGCUUUGGAGGCGAUGAUUGCUUAGAACCAACUUGCGGUUCCCUUGCCCGUGGAAAAGACCGACCGAUACGCGACGGCGACACCUGCGACUGUGACGACGGUUGGACCGGUAUCAACUGCAACGUUUGCACCGAGAAUGUCGCCUGCAAUGCUCUUAUGGAAACAGGAGACGGCGGGGUCUGUUAUCAAAACGGAGAGGUCGUCCAGGAAAACUACCAGAUGUGCGACGUGACAAACGAAAAGAUCUUGUCCAUGCUCGAUGGCAAGAUUCCCCAGGCUACCUUCUCCUGCGAGAGGGAGAGCGGUGUCUGCGACUUCCAGUUCUGGAUUGAUCGCAAGGAAUCCUUCUACUGCCACUUGCAAAACUGCAAGUCUGAGGCCGAUUUUACCUCCGACCAGAACAGUACCUUCUACAAGUGCCCCGACGUUGAAUGCUCGUGUAUCCCGGAUCGCUUUCUGUGCGGUGAGGAUGGCUCAAUCGAUUUGACCGACUUUCUGAAAGAGUCGGUUGAAGGGCCUGCUGAAUUCUCGUGUCUGCAGAAAAAUGGUGGCGUCAACGACUGCAAGUUCUCUGAACCGCAGUUGGAUUGGAUGACCAAGAACGUUUUUGGAGACCCCAAUAUUGCGCUGACUUGUCGGUCGGGCGAAUGCCUUUACCACACUGAAGUUCCUGGAUACGAGCGGCCGAUCAAGCGCAUCAACACCCCCCUUAUUGCUGGGGUGAUUGCUGGAUGCUCGCUGUUUUUGGUCGCUGUCAUCCUUCUGGUCUGGUACCUGUCAAGGCGCCAUUUCAAGUACCAGCCCAUUGCCUUGGACGACUCCGACGAUGAGUCCACCAAACUCAUGGCUGACCACAAGCCCGCGUCUUUGUAUUUUGAGGAUGUGUCGUACGAACUAAACGGAAAGCGCAUCCUGUACGAUAUCCAGGGCGUGGCACACCCUGGUGAGAUUAUGGCCAUCAUGGGAGCUUCGGGUGCUGGCAAGACGACUUUCCUGGAUAUCCUAGCCCGCAAGAACAAGCGCGGCCAGGCCAGCGGCAACUUUUAUGUUAACGGCGAGAAGGUCAUGGAUACCGAAUACCGAAACGUAGUCGGCUUCGUCGACCAGGAAGACACGAUGCUCCCUACCCUGACUGUCCACGAGACAAUUCUUAACUCGGCUCUUCUCCGUCUCCCGCGUGGCAUGGGUCGCGUCGCCAAGGAGCAGCGGGUAUGGGAUGUCGAGAAGCAACUUGGCAUUUACCACAUUCGUGACUCUUUGAUUGGUUCAGAAGAGGGCAGAGGUCGUGGUAUUUCUGGAGGUGAGAAGCGUCGUGUCGGCAUCGCCUGCGAGCUCGUCACUAGCCCUUCGAUCCUCUUCCUCGACGAACCUACCAGCGGUCUGGAUGCGUAUAACGCCUUCAAUGUCAUCGAAUGUCUCGUUACCCUUGCCAAGACCUAUAAGCGAACUGUCAUCUUCACCAUUCAUCAGCCGAGAUCCAACAUCGUGGCGCUUUUCGACCGACUACUUUUGCUGGCUCAGGGAAAGACGGUGUACUCGGGACCCUUUGCACACUGCCAGGAAUACUUCGAUCGCAUCGGAUACUCAUGCCCUCCCGGUUUCAAUAUUGCGGAUUAUCUGGUUGAUUUGACCAUGCACGCCGGCUCCUUUCAGCCUUUUGAUGACGGUACUCUCAACGCCGAUGCCACCAGCAUCGGCCCAAGUAGCACAAAGGCCGUCAAGUCGAUCGCGAGUAUUUCCGGCAACAGCACAGCGGAAGACAGCAUUUCCACUGAACCCUCAUCCAGCCGACCCUCGUCUAGUCGACCGAAGAACAAACGCAAGGAUUCCCUCAAGCAGAAGCAAGAGCGAGAGCUGUUCACUCGACGCAAAACUGCUACACCGAAUACGGUUGACACGGUUGACACCGCUACAUCGUCUGACGUGGAAGAAGAGAUUGGAGCCUAUAAGCUCAGGAAGCAAAACGCUCCUCCUCUCAUUCACGUCGAGGAUGUUCACGACCUGCCACCAUCCGUCACAAGCGGUACUGAUCUUGACACUCUGAUGCAGGCAUACAUUGAGUCGGACAUCGCAAGACACACCCACGACGAGAUUCGCCAAGCAGUUGAAAAUGCCGGAAAUGCCAAUGGUCGCAACGGUUACACACCGGAGGGUCCAAACAUCAACGUCGGCGGCAUCGGCAAAGGUUACGCUCGUCCUAGCUACGCUAGGCAGUUCAUCAUCUUGUCUGGGCGAACGUGGAAAAACCUUUACCGAAACCCUCUAUUGAUGUUAACCCAUUACGCUAUUGCUAUUCUUCUAGCUGUCCUCUCCGGCUUCCUGUUCUACGGUCUCACGGAUGAUAUUCCAGGCUUCCAGAACCGUCUGGGUCUGUUCUUCUUCCUGCUCGCCCUGUUCGGCUUCAGCACACUUACUAGUCUUAACGUUUUCGCCUCGGAGCGUCUCUUGUUCGUCCGCGAACGAGCCAACGGAUACUACUCGCCCAUUACCUAUUUUGCGGCCAAGGUCUUGUUCGACAUCAUUCCGCUGCGCAUCAUUCCGCCCAUUAUUAUGGGAUCCAUCAUCUACCCUAUGACAGGCCUCAUCCCUGAUGCGCCCCACUUCUUCACCUUCAUGCUCAUCCUGGUUCUGUUCAACCUUGCCGCCGCGGGUAUCUGCCUUUUCAUCGGCGUAGUGUGCAAGGAUGGUAGCGUUGCGAACCUUAUCGGAUCUCUUGUUAUGCUGUUUUCACUGUUGUUCGCGGGAUUGUUGCUCAACCAUGACGCCAUUCCUGCUACUGCUGUGUGGCUCCAGAACCUGUCCAUAUUCCACUACGGCUUUGAAGGCUUGAUUGUCAACGAAGUCCUUAAGCUAGAGCUGGUUGACAGGAAGUACGGCCUCGACAUCAACGUUCCCGGUGCUGUGAUUCUAAGCAGCUUCGGCUUCGACAACCUGGCCCUGUGGAGCGAUGUCAUCAACUUGGGCAUAUUUGCCGCUGUAUUCAUUCUACUUGCUUAUCUCGCUAUGCAUUUCUUGCUCGUUGAGAAGCGGUAAGCUGCCAAUUCCGUAGAAGCUCGAGUAGAUGCGAGUUACGGCUAGAUGUAGGAUACAUCUGACAUGAAUUUGAGGAUUGCGGAUAUGUAUUUGAUGGGAUCGGAAAGUCGACAGAAGACUGCUGGUUCGAAGGGUUUGGCAUCUUUUUCUAAUCUCUCUUCCCCUAUGUUACUACUACACAGCAUCGCUCAGUCAAACAGUGCUGAGUCUCAUUGUUCAUUGAGACGCAUGAGGGAUUUCGGCGUUUAGGGCUAGUGUAUUUGAUAAAACAUCAGCAGAAAUCGAUGAGAUGUUUAGCAUGCACAUAUUAUGUCCCUGGUUGAGGUG